AAACUACGUUUUUAACCCAUUUUACAAUUCGUAUCAAUCAGAAUUAGAUUUUAAUUUACCCAAAAUGUUUGACACCAAAAGGACACCUUUGGAAUUCUAUCGUCCAGACAACGAUACAAACACAUGCAACAUGACAUGUUGUUUAUUAUUGAAACUGUCAAUGACGAUUUGCAAGACGCUCCUCGAACAUAAUGAGAGAUCUGUUUUCCAACACCGAGGUGUACCACGUACUGGAGCAGAUCGGGAAAGGCACCUUCGGGACCGUAUCGAGAUGCUGGAGGAGCCGAGACGGAGCACUGGUGGCCGUCAAAAUGUUAAAAUUUGACCCGCAGAGGAACCGGGUGAUACGCAAUGAAUUGAAACUAAUACGCCUCGUUUGCAGAGAGGAUCUAUCAAACUGCCACAUCGUUCGCUUCUUUGAGGAGUUUCACGACCAAAGACACCACUAUCUGGUGUUUGAGUUGCUAGAGAUGAGUCUUCACCAGCUGCAGAGGAAGAAUGGAUUCAAACCCCUAAGCGUGCGCGUCAUCCGCGUCAUCACCGGCCAGAUGCUGAAAGCGCUGCAAAAGUUGAAGGAUCUCGCGAUCAUCCAUGCGGACUUGAAACCGGAGAACGUCAUGCUCGUGGACCACAGCCGCUACCCGUUCAGAGUGAAGUUAAUAGACUUCGGCUCCGCCAGUAUCUUCAGUGAGGUGCGCUUUGUGAAAGCACCGUACAUCCAAUCCAGGUACUACAGGGCCCCAGAGGUCCUGCUGGGCCUGCCCUUCAGUUGGAGGGUGGACAUGUGGUCCCUCGGCUGCGUGAUGUCAGAGCUCUACCUGGGCUGGCCCCUCUACCCCGGAGAUUCAGAGAUGGAGCAGGUGCGCUACAUCUGUGAGACACAGGGUCUGCCCCACGCCAGCCUGCUCUGCUCCGCCAGCAAGUCACACAUGUUCUUCAACCGUAUCAAGUAUGUAGUGCGUGUGUCUGUGUGUGUGUCUGUGUGUGUGUGUGUGUGUGUGUCUGGGUGUGUGUGUGUGUGUGUGUGGACGCGCGUGUUUGACAUCCCACGCCUGCAUUUGUGGUCGCUACCUUGCUCAGGAACAGCAGCGGAGCCACUCAGUGGCAGCUGA